GUGGCGUCACUAUUGCUACUUAAUUAAACCCUAGUACCAUACACAUCCAAACGCCUCCUCUCUCUCCUUGAUUUCAUCAAUGGCGAAUCCCACGAAUGCAGCAGAGGGGCGACGACAAAUGUUCGAAUCAUUCUAUUCGGUCAUUGCACUUGUAUUCAUAUUAGUGGCCUGUGUGGAGCUCUGUGAUGCAUCUACAGUCGUCGACGUUUACCGUCUUAUACAGUAUGAUAUCGCCGGUGUUCCUUUUGGAUCUCGUGUCGCAUCUCUUAAUCACCACGCUGGUUCUUCUCUCUUUGCUCCUGGUUCCGAUCUCUCCCGUACUGUUGUCAUAUUUCCCCUAAGUGAAUUGAACGAAACAUUCAUUCGAGAAUAUAUUGAACAGGGAAAGCCUUUAGGGGGCUUACUACUUCUACUUCCUCGAAUCUUUCAUCCUGACAACAGUGAAACUGUUGGUGGACAUGGUGUAAGCUCUGAUAAGGAGAAUUUGAAGAAAAUUCUGGUGGAUUUAGAGCAGAAGCUAAUACAUUCUAGUAUCCAUUAUCCUGUGUAUUUUGCUUUUGAAGAUGAAGAUUUAGACACAGUGUUAGCUGAUAUCAAGAAAAACGAUGCAGCUGGUCAACCUGCAACUGCAACUACUGGGGGAUACAAGCUUAUUGUCACAUCACCAACUCCCAAGAAACUCACAUCUCCUACAAUCACAAACAUCCAGGGGUGGUUGCCUGGUUUGAAAGGUGAUGGAGAUUCAAACCAACUCCCAACUAUUGCCAUUGUAGCAUCAUAUGAUACAUUUGGAGCAGCUCCGGGAUUAUCUGUUGGAAGUGAUAGCAAUGGAAGUGGUGUUGUUGGACUUCUUGAAAUUGCUAGAUUAUUUUCCAUCUUAUAUUCCAAUCCUCACACUAGAGGAAAGUAUAAUCUACUCUUUGGUUUGACAUCUGGUGGACCUUAUAACUACAAUGGAACCCAAAAGUGGCUUAGAAGUUUUGAUCAACGUUUGAGAGAAAGUAUUGAUUAUGCUAUCUGCUUGAAUAGCCUUGGGUCAGGGGAAAAUGGGUUAUGGGUUCAUGUUUCUAAGCCUCCAGAGAAUGCAUAUGUUAAACAAAUCUUUGAAGGUUUAUCUGAUGUAGCACAAGAAUUAGGGCUCAAAGUUGGGCUAAAGCACAAGAAAAUCAACAUUUCCAAUUCCCGAGUAGCAUGGGAGCAUGAACAGUUUUCAAGGUUAAGAGUUACAGCAGCAACAGUUUCUGGACUUUCUGUUGCUCCAAAUUUGUUGGAAAAUACUGGAGGUCUUUCUGAUAACAGAGAGUUUGUGAGUGAAGAUGCAGUUGUUCAGAGUGUGAAAUUGGUUGCUGAAAGUCUUGCAAGGCAUAUAUAUGGUCAACAAGGGAAGAAGAUGGAAAUAUUUGCAGAUAACACAAGUUUGUCUGUGAAUCCUUUUUACAUAAAAUCAUGGCUUCAUCUUUUAUCAACAACACCUCGUGUAGCUCCAUUUCUCUCAAAGGACAAUCCAUUCAUCAUGGCAUUGAAAAAGGAAUUAGCAGAUCAUGUUGCAGAGGUGAAUUUGCAACAUGACGUGCUUAAUGGAAUGUUCACAUUUUAUGACUCCACAGUUGCUACACUCCAGAUUUAUCAGGUUGCGAGUGUAACAUUUGACUUGCUGUUGCUACUAGUCCUGGGAUCAUAUUUAAUUACACUUUUCAGCUUCCUUGUCAUAACUACCAGGGGAGUGGAUGAUUUGAUCAGUCUUUUCCGACGUCCUCCAUCACGAAAAGCCAAAGCAGCUUGAUGGAUGUUUUGGUUGUAAGGGCAGAGAAAUUUUGGUUAUUAUGUUUUCAUGUAACCUAACCUCUGUAAUAUCCACAAAUUUCUUCUCAACUACCAAUCACUGAAUGCUCAAAUAGUGAUGAGAAACAUCUUGUAAUAAUUGUUGUUGAUAACCAAUUUAGAUUAAAAUGAAGAAAAAUCUUCUAGGCACGU